AUGCUUGGAUUAAAUUGGGGCGAUACGCAACCGGCAACAUCGGCGACCUUGAAAGCUGUUAUUCUCGUCGGUGGUGCACAAAAAGGUACACGUUUUCGACCACUUUCACUACAACUUCCAAAACCACUAUUUCCGAUCGCUGGAGUACCGCUCAUCGAACAUCAUAUUAAACAGCUUUCAAAGUUAACUGUCAUAACGGAAAUUUAUUUGAUUGGAUUCUAUCCGGCUAAAUACUUUUACGACUUUAUCCAAAAAUGUACGGAAACAUACAGCAUUAGAAUCAGAUACUUGGAAGAACCAGUGGCGCUGGGCACAGCCUGUGGUUUGUACCAUUUUCGAUCAAUCUUGCUUGAGAAUAAUCCAAGUGCACUAUUUGUUCUUAACGCUGAUGUUUGUGGUGAUUUGCCGAUUGCCGAAAUGGCCCAUGAACUAACCGUGAAACACAACGCUCAUGGAUUAUUACUUACAACCGAAGCUACCCGUGAGCAGUCCAUCAACUAUGGUUCGGUCGUAAUCGAUCCGAAUGGCAAGGUUCUUCACUAUGUCGACAAACCAACGACUUUUGUGUCACAACAUAUUUCAUGCGGUGUUUACUUGCUACGUGCAAAUGUUGUUGAAAGGAUUGGUAGAGCGCGCAGUUGUUUAGAUGUAAAGCAAGUUUGGUUUGAAACAGAGAUUUUCCCACAGAUGGCUUCAGAAUCCGUACUGUACGCACUGAAAACGAAACGUUGGUGGAGUCAAACAAAAACCGCUGCUGCAGUACUUUAUGCAAAUCGCCAUUAUUUACGUUUAUAUAAUGCUUCCGAUCCAUCGCGGUUGUGUCAUGACAGGGCACAAAUCGUUGGCGAUGUCUUCAUCGAUCCUACUGCUGAGAUUGAUCCAACUGCAAAAAUAGGUCCAAAUGUGAGUAUUGGUGCGAAGGCCAAAAUUGCAGCUGGUGUUCGUGUUCGUGAAAGUAUUGUUCUAUCUGAAGCAGUAAUCAACGAACAUGCCUGUGUACUACAUUCAGUAAUAGGUUGGCGCAGCGUUGUUGGUGCAUGGGCACGCAUAGAAGGUACACCAAUUUCACCAAAUCCAAACAUUCCAUUCGCUAAACUGGACAAUAAACCGUUGUUCAACAAUGAUGGCCGUCUUAAUCCGUCAUUAACUAUUCUUGGAUCCGACGUUCAUGUUCUUGCUGAAACGGUUAUUCUUAAUUCCAUUGUUCUACCAUACAAAGAACUAACAUCCAGUUACAAAAACCAAAUUAUACUGUGA